GUCCGCAUUGCGGCUAAUUUUGUCAUCCAUGCUCCACCUGGAGAAUUCAAUGAAGUCUUCAACGGUGAGUAUGCUUAGAAAUGGUAGGAUCAUUUACUACCCAUACAGUUGUUUGUUAUACAGUCUGUUAAUGCAUUGCUGUUGGCAGUCUCUUGAUAUGCCAUCUCUUGAUUUAAGAUGUGCGGAUACUUCUCAACAAUGACAAUCUUCUCAGGGAGGGUGCAGCACAGUGAGUAGUAUUUUGUUUAUUUUAUUGAUCUACUAUAUUCUGUUCAUGCAUUGUUGUGCAAAUGUGUGUGUAACCAGCUGUAUUUCAACAGUGCCUUUGCCCAGUACAACAUGGAUCAGUUCACCCUUGCCAAACUUGAAGGCUAUGAUGAUCAGGUAAGAGGCUCAAGUCACCUGAGCUGUGACUCCUACCCAGCUGUUUUGAAACGGGUUGGUAUCAUACUGUGACAUGUAUAGAUUCAACACAUUAACUGGAAGGUCAAUGUAGCAACUGAGGACCUGGAUCUGUCUCCCUGUGCUCCAUCUCCCCUCCAGGUACUGAUCACAGAGCAUGGAGACUUGGGCAACGGCCGUUUCUUUGACCCCCACAACAAGCAGUCAUUCAAGUUCGACCACCUGAGGAAGGAGGCCAGCGACCCCCAGCCCCACGAGGGGGAGGCGUCUCUCAGACCCUGGAGAGAUGCGUGUGACAGCGCCCUGAGGGCCUACGUCAAGGAGCACUACCCCAGUGGCGUCUGCACUGUAUGUCCUACCUUUCACCUGCAGGAUAGGAUUCAUGAUAAUAUUAUUAUCUUUAACCUCUACGGGAUCGGUGUCCUGUAUACGGGACGGUUGAGCUAACGUGCGCUAAUGUGAUUAGCAUGACUGUUGUAAGUAACAGCCAACUUUCCAGGACAUAGACAUGUCUUAUAUGGGCAGAAAGCUUACAUUCUUAUUAACCUAACUGCACUGUCCAAUUUACAUUAGCUAUUACAGUGAAAAAAGACCAUGCUAUUGUUUGAGGAGAGUGCACAACAACAAACGUAUCAUGGCAACUGGUUUGAUACAUUCACCUCUGAAGGUAAAUAAUGUACUUAUAUUCAGUAAUCCUGCUCUGAUUUGUCAUCCUGAGGGUCCCAGAGAUUAAAUGUAGCAUAGUUUUGUUUGAUAAAAUCCAUUUUUAUAUUCAAAUGUAGGAACUGGGUUCUACAGUUUGAACCCUUGCUGUCUCUGUCUCCACACCCUCCCCGCCCGGCCAUCUAGAUGUGUGAAAGUCAGUGUAUAAGCUAAUGAUCCAUGAUGUAUGACAUUCCUGGGAGUGUGUAAACUUACAUUUUGGUUUACCAUAUCAUUUUUGUAUGUUCUCUAUAGUUAUGUACUUGAAAAUGUAUCAAUUGACACAAAUUUGGCACAUUUGGGCAGACUUGAUGCAAAAUUGUCCAGUAUUGCAAUGCUUCACUGGAUCAAUUUGCAUACACUGCUGCCAUCUAGAGGCCAAAAUCUAAAUCGCACCUAAACUGCAAUAUUAUAUUGUGGCCUUACUCUUGCAUUUCAAAGAUGAUGGAACAAAAAAAUAAAUAGAAAACGCAUGUUUUUUUUGUUUUUUAUUGUCUUUUACCAGUUCUAAUGUGUUAUAUUCUCCUUCAUUAAUUCCACAUUUCAACAAACUUCAAAGUGUUUCCUUUCAAAUGGUACCAAGAAUAUGCAUAUCCUUGCUUCAGGUCCUGAGCUACAGGCAGUUAGAUUUGGGUAUGUCAUUUUAGGUGAAAAUUGGGGAAAAAAGGGUCCGAUCCUUAAGAGGUUAAAGAGCUUUUCAUGCGAAAGCGUUAGUUCUUUCGGACUGUCUCACUGUACCAGUAUAGUAGAUAAAGAUGAGCAUGGUAAACAUUGACAGAACCUUGUUUUAUUCAUCACAGGUUUAUGGGAAAACUAUAGACGGCCAGCAAACCAUAAUUGCUUGCAUUGAAGGUCACCAAUUUCAACCAAAGAACUUCUGGUAAGUGACAGUGCAAGUAUACUUUUAAGAAGUCUUAAUUUAAAAUCAAUGACAAUGCGUUGUGUUUUUGUUUACAACAUAAUGCCUACUUCUACGACUGUAAGUAUGGGUAAGGAGUCAGGACUCUUAUUUGAUUUGUGUUCUCAGGAAUGGCCGUUGCAGGUCUGAAUGGAAGUUCAGCAUAUCCCAAUCUACAGCUCAAGUCGUUGGAGUCCUCAAAAUACAGGUAGGGUAGUGUCUUAUCGCCAAGUAUUGUCCUCCAUUUUGUCCGGCUGUGUAAAAGCCUGUUCAAAGACAACUGGUUGGGCACAGGCCCCUGAAAGUCAAAUUGAUAUACUGAAAAUGUAUCUUGUUCUCAUGUCAUAUUGUAUAUUGCCUCUCACCCCCAUCUUGUGGUUAUAGGUGCAUUACUAUGAGGAUGGAAAUGUGCAGCUGGUUAGCCACAAGGAUGUCCAGGAAUCCCUCACAGUGAAUGUGAGUUCCUCUUUCAGUAGAAUGUGCCUACAAUCAGUAGCACGAAAGACGUGCUUCUUUUGCAAAGGACACUGGUAAUGAUAGAACUCUUGAAAAGCAUCAGUCAACACUAUUAGAGGAGACACUUAUUAUGCUCUACGGUGGUUUUGUGGCCCAUUUCCUCUAGACCUGAACAUAAGGUUUAAAAGGAAGUAGAAAGGUGCAGACUAACUGUUCAUUGGUGCAUGAGGGGAAGUAGGAUGAAGUAAAAAUCCUUUAUGCUAGAGAGAUGGUCUUCAAUCUCUGUCAAGUUUACAGGCAGUUGUAUUGUCAAAGGCAUGAAUUCUGUUUUCUUUAUUAGUCCUUUGGCAUGACAACUCUUAUCUUACAUCAGAGGUGUGACACUCGGUUGUAUUCUCUUGUUUUGACAGAAUGAGACUCAGACUGCAAAGGAGUUUGUGAAAAUCAUUGAGGAUGCAGAAAAUGAAUACCAGGUAUGCAAUUUAUGUUUCCUCCCAGUAAUAUUUUGAUAAAUUGAAAUAAAUCAGGGGGGGCGAGAAUCUAAACAUUUGUCUCAUUUCCAGACGGCCAUCAGUGAGAAUUACCAGACCAUGUCUGACACCACGUUCAAAGCCUUACGCCGGCAGCUUCCUGUCACCCGAACCAAGAUUGACUGGAACAAGAUCCUCAGCUACAAGAUUGGCAAGGAGAUGCAGAAUGCCUAG